AAUCCAUAAUUCAUCCAGCUGCAAUGGCUGCAACUUCGAGGGAACUCCAACCGUUAAAGUUACAUCCAUUAAAACUAAUUCUGCUUCUGUUAGGCUGAGGGUCCUCGGACAACAGCGUCAGUCGACAGCGGCGUGAUCAACGCUGGAAAUCUCAUCACGGUGUCUGACGACCGCCUGCCGGGUCAGAGAGGAACGCUUCAGCUGCUCCCUCUCUUCUAGCUCCUCGGAUAAAUUCAUCCACCGACACGACUGGAGAUUGUUUUGGACAUCUUGAGGAUGUAUUUGUGAUCCUCUGUGUGACCAAAAGAUGUGAAUAAUCUCCACCUCCACGUGAAUGAAGAUAGGGAAACGAAACAGACAAACUUCACCAUGCGAGCCACAGGAAGUUGUCCUCUGUUUCUUGUUUUUCUUCUCUCUUUCCUGCUUCAUCUUCAUCCUUCACUGGCUUUUUCACUGAAAAACUGCAUGAUUGUCUUUCCUGAAAGUCCAAAUAAUCUGACGGUCAGGUGCAUCGAUCGUGACCUCACGGUUAUUCCAGAUGACAUUCCCAGAAACGUGACAUCACUAGAUCUCAGCACAAAUCAGAUUUUGAAGAUCACCAACACAGAUCUGAGAUGUUUGUCAAAGCUCAUGUACAUGCAAGUUAACUUUAACUCAAUUUCACACGUUGAUGACGGAGCUUUCGUCGACUUGGCUGAGUUAAGGACCCUGAGCAUGAGUAAAAAUGAACUCACAAACCUGACAGACAACAUCUUUAAAGGGCUCUUCAAACUGGUCACACUUACUCUGUCCAGUAACCAGAUCUCAUACAUCUCCCCGAGGGCCUUUCAGUCCCUGGUCAGCAUACAGAGCGUAGAGCUCAAUAACAAUCGCCUACAUCGAAUUACACACAUUACUCCAAUCUUAAAACUACCAACUUUACAUAAAUUGUCCAUUUCUUGCAAUGAGUUCGCCUCUUUUCGAUCAGAUGACCUGCCUCUUCAUGUCUCAAACCUGAGGUCUCUGGAGCUAGAUAUGAACCCAGUGAGGAAGUUCAGCAUUAGGAAGGACAUCUUUCCUCAUCUGCAGUUUCUCAGUCUGUGCAGUUAUAGAUGUGAGAUGGAGUGGGACGUAGCAAACAAGACCUUUCUGAGGAGCGUAACCAGUUUGUCACUGUCACAAGCUGAUGUUAGCUUUCAGCCGUACAGCGAAGUGCUGCAGACCACUGAAUCACUACAAGUACUUCAUCUGAAAUUCAUGAAGACAUUGAUAGAAAAAGGUCUCAUAGACAUUGCCUGCCAAAUCCCCUCUCUAAGACUUCUUAGUGUGGCAUUUAGUGACGUUCAAACCAUCAACGAUACGCUGCUGCGAUCUUGUUCUCAAGUAACUGAACUUGGUUUCUCUUAUGAUACCCUGUCAGAGCUGUCUGAGCAUUCAUUCAGAUCAAUGACACGGCUCAGGCUUCUGGCUCUGAACAAUAACGUUUUAUCUCAAGUGCCACUUGCCCUCCGAGGACUCUCCACACUGGAAGUCGUGGAUCUGAGCUCCAACAUGAUCACUGAGCUCGACUGUCACGACUUCCUGGAUUUGGCAAAACUUACAGAACUUAAUCUCGAAAACAAUUACAUUUCAAAACUGCAAGGAUGUGUUUUUCAAAAUCUGACCAAUCUGAAGGUCCUUAAUAUUCAAGAUAAUUCUGUUUUCACAUUUGACAGUGCCUUUAAAGUUAAUUUGCACAAAUUAGAAUCUCUGGACUUGCACAAUAAUCGUCUUUUAAGUAUUCCGUACAGAGCCUUUAGGAAUCUUUCUUCCCUUUGUGUUUUGGAUUUAGAAUCAGAAGGAUGUUACAUUGUACAAGACGGGGCUUUUGAAGGACUUGGUAAUCUCCAAACUCUCAGUUUUUCAGUUCGUGAUAUCUAUGAAGAGCUUUUCACUGGUAUGCCACAACUGGAAAAUCUGACAGUGCUUUUCAACUCGAACCAGAUGAGUUCAGGACAAAACGAUGAUCCAACUUUCUCAAAUUUACCCAAUUUGAGGAAACUUGUACUCAGAGUUGAUGGGAAACCUCUUGAAAUUUUUGCACCAGAUUUGCUCGAAGGUCUGAAUUAUCUGGAAUACUUCUGGGUUGAGCAAUUACAAAUAAGAUCAUUGCACCCAGACACAUUUAAAUACACUCCUAAACUAAAGGAACUUCAUGUAGUCGACAGCGAUCUGUCAGAUUUAACCCCUGAACUGUUCUGGCCAAUCCCAAACCUGCAGACGCUCGACCUCUCCAACAAUAACUUCAGGUCUUUGGAUUUCCUGGCCAGGGCCAACCUGGCAGCACUCAGCUGGCUGAAAAUCAGUGAGAAUGAGUUGUCAUCUAUAAACGAGACAGUCUUCCAAUCCCUCCCUGCCUUGACGUAUCUGGACCUGACUGGUAACCCUUUAGCAUGUGAAUGCUCUAACGCUGGCUUCAACCAAUGGGUGCAGAGCAACAACCAGACACAGGUCGUCAACGGCCACCAGUACACUUGUGCCUUUCCUCUGAGCCAACAGGGAAACAAGUUCCUGGACUUUGACGCGCACUCCUGUUGGAUAGACGGCAGCUUUCUUUACUUCCUCUCUAGCACUUGUCUAGUUGUGUUUACUCUGCUUGCAUCCUUCAUCUACCACUUCCUCAGAUGGCACUUGGCCUACUCCUACUACCUCUUCCUGGCCUUCCUCUAUGACAAGAGGAGGAAGGCCUCGCCUCACCACUACGAUGCUUUUGUCUCCUACAACAUUCACGAUGAGGCCUGGGUCUACAGGGAGAUGCUUCCAGUCCUGGAGGGGGAGCAAGGCUGGAGACUGUGUCUGCACCACAGAGACUUUGAACCAGGUAAGCCCAUCGUGGAGAACAUCACAGACGCCAUCUAUGGCAGCAGGAAGACCAUCUGCGUGAUCAGCCGGCACUACCUGCAGAGUGAGUGGUGCUCCAGGGAGAUCCAGAUGGCCAGCUACCGUCUGUUUGAUGAGCAGGAGGACGUGUUGAUCCUGCUGUUCAUGGAGGACAUCCCGGCCCAUCAGCUGUCUCCGUACUACCGGAUGAGGAGUCUGGUGAAGAGACGCAGCUACCUGAGCUGGCCACAAGCCGCUCAACACACCGGAGUCUUCUGGGAGAACAUACGGCGAGCUCUGGACACAGCUGACAGACCUGCUGACAACAGGCACCUCCUCACCGGACGCCCAGACUUCAUCUAGUGGAGGUUUUUAUUUGACUCAGAAGUCCAGAAAUUACAAAUGGAAAACAAGAAUGUUCUUGUUUGGAGCGUCACAAAGAGCAAAUCAAAAAGGAUUCAAAGUGACAUGUUUAACAUGCAAAGGCCAUUUAACAGUCAUGGGUAACCUAUAAAAACAAUUUGAUGUAUGAUUUUCUAAUAAUGUCGGAUGAACUAACACAUCAGUCACAGGGGACCUUCAGCUCCAGAAUAUCUUGUAUACGCCGAUGACACCUUUGUGUACUUCUGAAUUUCUGAUGCAGGACUUUUACAAGUAGUGGAGAAUUUUUACAUGAUGAGAUCUGGAAAGACAUACAUUUAUCAAGCAAGGAGGGGUUUGAUCAAUUAGGGGAAAUGUGGCAUCCAGAGUUUUUAAAACUCAACACAUGCUAGAAACUAAAAGUUAUGAGUAAGUCUGAUUUUUUUACAUUCAGCAAAAUGCAAUCACUCAUUAACUGCUAUAUUUUUUGCUUUACUUAAUCUGUAAACUGAAAUCUUGUUAAUUCUUUAAUGAUAAUUGUAACAAACACGAUUUUACUGUGUAUAUGUAAUUAAUUGUAAUUCAGUCCUGUUCCCCCAGCAUGUGCUGCUCAUCAAACCAGGCCAAAAUGAUGACUUGAUUUAUUCAAAUUAAAUUUUAACAAUGUU